AUGCCUGGUUCCGAGAACAAGGCCAGGUCUCUCAGAGGAGAGCUUUACCAUGCAUUCACUUCUGAGCUAGUUGCAGAGCGUCGUCGUUGUGCUCGCGCCUGCACAAAAUAUAAUAAAGCAGGGGAAGAUGAAACAAUGACCAGAAGACGUCAGGUUGAAUUAUGGAAAGACAUCCUAGGAGACACCAGACCACUACCACCUCGUAAGGAAGGUAGCACAGAGGAUGAAGACGAAGAACUACUAGGCUCUGAAGCCUGGGUUGAGGCUCCUUUCCACGCAGACUACGGCACGAACGUACGUCUAGGAGAGGGCGUCUUCAUCAACUUCAACUGCACCAUCAUCGAUACGUGUCUUGUUUCCAUCGGCUCGAGAACCCUAUUGGCGCCGAAUGUCAGCCUGUACUCUGGAACCCACCCUCUUGAUCCCGAAUUGAGAAAUGGAACAAAUGGUCCGGAGUCUGGGAAGCCCAUCACAAUCGAGGAGGAUGUGUGGAUUGGCGGCAAUGUGACUGUUUGUCCUGGUGUGACGAUUGGACGUGGCAGUACUGUGGGUGCGGGUAGUGUUGUGACGAAGGUGAGUCAGGCGAUCUCCUGGGCAUUCAAAUGCUGCCUAAAACACCACCACUGCGGAGGAGAGAGCAGAAAUCCGAAAAAUUGCUGA